AUGAAUGGUAUUACACAACUUGGUUAUAUCGGUUUUGAGGUUAGUAAUCUUCCGGCCUGGAAACAAUUUACAACUUUAGUUUUAGGACUGGAGCUUUCAGAACAAUUUGAUAAUGGUGGUUUUUCAUUACGUAUGGACAGUCAUCAGCACCGUUUUUUUAUUACGCCUGGCUCUGCUGAUGAUUUGGUAUUACUCGGUUUUCAAGUCGAUAGUCAACAAGAACUUGAAAGGUUACAAAAAUGCUUAACAGCGUCUAAUAUUCAUUAUACUCAUGGCAGUCCCGAGGAAGUUGCCCAUCGGGGUGUCAAAGGCCUUAUCAAACUAAUUGAACCAGGUGGUGUUGCGGUAGAGGUUUACUAUGGCCCAACAACGCUAAAAACAGAAUUUGUUUCUGAUCUCGUUACUUCAGGUUUUGUUGCAGAAACCUAUGGUUUAGGUCACGUUGCAUUACGGGCAACCAAUCUUACGGAAACUGAACAUUUUUUUUGUCAGAUAUUAGGUUUUAAACUCAGCGAUCGUAUUAUUUGUAAUCUUGGCGGUUUUGAUAUUAACAUUACGUUUCUGCAUGUUAACCCUCGGCAUCACUCUAUUGCCUUUGGUACCGGAUUACCAAAACAUAUUCACCAUUUUAUGCUACAAACGAGAUCUAUUGAUGAUGUCGGAGCAGCAAUGGACCGUACUGCAAAAUAUGGCUUAAAAAUACAAAAGACGCUUGGACGUCACCCAAAUGACAAAAUGCUAACUUUUUAUGGAGAGACACCUUCUGGAUUUGAAUUUGAGUUUGGCACAGGAGGUUUAAGUAUCGACGAACAGAGCUGGAUACAAAAAACACAUCGCCUUGUUAGUGAAUGGGGUCAUCAACCACCAACAUUCUAUUUGACAUAA